AUGUUCCAAGGAGAAGCACGGUGGGGCUCGGCUUUGGAGAUGACAUCUCAUGAGCCAGGUCCGGCUGCAAGGCGUGCACCGAGCUUCUCAGUCGUGGAGGCUCCGACACGAGAACUCGCACCUGCAGACGGAGAUGCCUCGAAACGUGCCGGUGCUCCAGUUGCGCCGAGCCGAGACGAAGACGAGGACUGGGCCGACAUCGUACCCUGGGACUGCCGGGACGUUGCGCUGGAUCUGGACUUCGAGGACGACCUCGGCGUUGACGAGAUCGAGGGCGAGCCGCCAACCUCAGAUGUUGUGAGGUCCUACUUCCACUCCCCCGCUCCGUCAGCUCCCAGCUCCGCGCCGCGGCGCACCUCGCCACCGCGGAGUGCGCACUGGGAAGGCGCCGAUGCUUUCUCCACGCUUUACGGUCGUGCAGCACCUUCAGGUGAUGGCAGCCUGACCAGCGCGGUGGCAGCUUCGCGGCGCAGGGCCAGCGAGGGAGGGCGGAGGCCUUCGAAGUCGUCUGAGCCGCCCCCCUCCUCGGCGGAGCAGGCUGCUUUGGCUGAAGAGGCCCGUGCCCGGCUAACCGCGUUGGAUGAAGAGCUGAAGAAGUACGAGAAGGAGAACGAGACUUUGAAGAAGCUGCAGGCGCAGGCAAAGGCCGCGGAGCGGGACAUCACCCGCGAGCGCGAGAAGCUCUGGAAGGAGGCAGCCGAACACAAACCGAAUGCAAGAGGGCGGCGUUUGAGUCGGGACCUCUUUGCUGUGAGUUGUUGGGGCACCGAUUUGGUGUUGGCGCUGGUGCACUUGCUAGUUGUCCUCUUCUUUGUCCUCUCCCCUUCUGGUACUCGAUUGGAGCCGCAAAAGGCAGCGGAGGACGUCAAGAAACCGGGAAGCCACCAGCGAAGUCCCGGCCUCUCCUUGUGGAGGACCAGCCUGGAAAAGAGGAUCCGCAAACAUGAAGAGACUCAUGGCAGGUUUUGCCGGGUGCAGCUGAAGCAGGAGCUAUCUGUGGAUCUCCCAGAAUGGGCGGAGGUUGUGCAAAGCUGGGAGCAGCGCGAGCACCUCUUCAUCGAGCGGGUUGUGUUUCUGGAAGAGAGCGGUGUGACGUGCUUGCGUCACAGAAAACCAGAUGAUGUGAUGAAUGAAGGCAAGAACAUGGAAGACUGGCUCAAUGGCCAGCCGUUGGGGCAAAGGUUGCUGCUGCUCCUCCCAGGGCGAAGACGAAGCCCAGGGCUGCGCCGAAUAGAGGAGCGUGGCAGCCCCUCGUCUGGUACAGGAUGGCGUGGCUUGGACGGACUGGGCCGGGAAGCAGCAGGAUGCUGGCCUGCUUUGGAUUUGUUUGUGUGCGCGUGUGAAGUCCAAGACGAAUCUGGUCAACGAAGACGCCUGGCGAGAGCAAUCGGACUGAUAUUCCGGGACCAGGCCAACGCAGACUUGGCUGGACUCGGUUGCUUCUCCACUCGAGAACAACCGCGCGAGCUACACUCGAAGUUCUUAUCUUUGCUGCCAGUACAGCAGCAACAACGGCGACGGCUUACCAUAUGA